AGCUGAAAGUCAGAAGGUUCGGUAACGGAAAACAAGCCACACGCAAAGCAUUUGCAGAAUGUCUUCAAACGCCAACAAAUGGGAACUGAGCCUACUGUCGGUCUUCCUCUUGCUGGGCCUGCUCUGUGGUCACACGGUGCAGGCAGAUGAUGACGGCACGAUUCCCGUGGCCUGCAAUGUGAGCACCAGCAUAGCCCUCGAUCUGGAGAAGUUCUCGGGCAUUUGGUGGGAGAUUGUACGUCAACCGGUUGGUUCCAUGUUCUGCACAAAAAUUAACUUUACAGUGUUGAACACAACCGUUGAUAAUGUGCUGAUCGAUACAACCUACUCCAAUACGUAUACCUAUCCGUGGGUCAAUCAGACCAUGAAUGCAACACUGACGGUUGCUAAUGCCACCGCCUCGCCGGAUGGCUACAACUUUACCUACUGGAAUCCCCCUGUCUAUACGCCCUACACAGUCUUCAAGGUCUUGGCUACUGAUUAUACGGACUACGCUUUCAUUUGCGGCUAUACCAAUGCCACAGAUAACUCGACGGCCUUUGGCAUGAUUGUCGCCAGAAAUCGAACGGUCUCAACGACCCUUUUGGAUAAGCUCGAGAGUCAGAGUUCCGCUAAUUAUGAUAACUUCCUCAAUGGCAGCAUGUCUCUAAUCACACAAGACGGCACUUGUGAGGGAAAUGGUGCUGAUCCCUCAACGGCUUUUACGGUAUUCUAUGCUCUUUUUGCCACGGUUAUUUACCUCCUAACCAAAUAGUUUUCCAAACAAUUUUUGUAAAGCAAUAUUACUUAGUAGGAAUGGGUCUAGCUGUUUACAUUGUUGGUAAAUACACUUCUAAUAAAACCUUAAUAUAAAAACAUUUGAAUUAUUAUAACAAAAGAAUUAAAGCAAAUUAAUAAAU